AUGUCAUCCAGGCAAUACGCAGCGGAAGCUCGAAGUAAACGAUUCGGAUCAUCGGAAACCCGGAGAAGACCGCCGAGGAUCGGGAUUGUCCGACACAGGACAUCCUCGGGAGCUCGAUUCGUCAAAUCGGCUAACUUCAUGACGGGUCUCGCCCGAAUCGAAUCGGGGCCAGACGAAAUUUCAUGCUCGAAGCGAUUAAACGCGAAUUGUGCUUGUGUGUAUUUGUUGGAGGUCUUUAGUGCAUCGACAUGGAUACGAGAGUGUAGACGGGUGGUUGUUCAUUCAGGAGGGUUAGGGUUUAUAGUCUACGCGCUAAAGGUCGGGACUUUGGCAUGGAGAGAGAGAAGGGCACGACGAUUGCUUGCUGAAUCAGGGCUGCUAAUGGAGUUUACUAGUCCUGUUGCUGAGGCCGGUGCCAUUCCUCUAUAUGCCCAGCUUCUUUCGGGACACAAUCCGAUGGAGAAAGAUAUUAUAGAGGAUGUGUUCUGUAUACGGGCUUGCGGCUAUAGCUGAGAGCAUUUGAUGAGGAUCUUGAGUGAAUGUGAUGAUGAAACCAUGAUUUCGGCUUCUGAUGUAUUGUAGAAUCUUGUGGUUGGGUAUAAGCAUUACGUAUCUGUUAUUAGAAACUCUGGCGUGAUUCUUUCGCUUAUUGAGCUUCUGAGAGUUGGAAACCUUGAAUUCAGGGAGAGGAUUCCGGGAGGCAUUUGCUCAGUUGAGUUAUAAUGCAAGAGAGCAUAUGGCUCUUGCAGAAUCGGGAUUCUAUUCUAAUUUUGAUUGAUGGUUGGGGAUGAGUCGGAUAUGAUGUCUUCCUCCAUUUGAGAAGAUGGCAAAAACCAAACCCUUUGUCGGGCAGAAAGGGGGAAGGAACCCCGUACAGCAAUAACCAGUGCUAACAAAACCAAUCUUCCUUUCACAAGAUUAUGCAACCGGUGGUCGGACCG